UGGUGCAUGAAAGUAAAGGAUAGACCACAUAUCAAAGGAGGAGGGUAUUACAAUAACGGUCUUAAGGUUGGUGAAUGGACAGAAAUUGUAAGAGACAAUCCAUUUUAAUAUCAUUACAUCACUCAUUAUUUCAAUAAUUUUGGUGAAUUGUAAAACACAGUGGAUAUCAAUUAUUGUGACUUGUCUUAAGAUGUACUCAAAAUACUAGACGAAUAUGAGCAACCAAAUUUUCUAUCGAAUUCAAAUUCAGCAGUUAAGGACUUUUCAUCAAGAGUAUUUCUUUCACCAAAGGCAUUCCCUACUGAUAGAGUAAGAUUAGGUUCUUAUUCAUCGAUUGGAAAAUCUAGCAGAAAAUUGGAGAAAUAUAUAUGA